CGGAGGUGUCCACCGUCGUGGGUUCCCCGUGCAGGUCUCGUGUUGUCGCGCUCUACCGGUCCAGGGGCAGGAGGAACUAGUGCUGGGCCUUCGGCAGCAUCUUAAGUCUUGAACAGGCCAGUGCCCCAAGGGUUAGGCUGUCGGUGAGCGCAGGCUGUGCCGGGGUCCAGCGCCUUCCUGGUCCUUCCCUAGGAACAGACCUGGAGAGGCGCGGAGGGGAAGAGUGCGAGGCUUACGGGUCAUCUACCAGGCCCAGUCCGAAUUUCCAGGACGCUCCAGAGAAGCUGUCCUCCUGACGUGUGAGGAGACCUGGUCGAACCCAGGCUGGCUAUGAAGAGCGACGCCUCGACGUCCGCAGCCCCUUUGAAAGGGCUCGUGGGCCCUCUGCGGAGCAGCGAGCCCGCGCUCGCCCUCCCGGCUGUGUCACCCGCGGUGCACCUGCUGGAAGAGGCGGCCGACCUCCUGGUGGUGCAGCUGGACUUCCAUGCCGCACUAGAGACUUGCGAACGAGCCUGGCAGAGCCUGGCGGAGGAGCCCGUGAGUGGCACCAUUGUGGAGGUGAAAUGCUCUCUGUGUGUCGUGGGAAUCCAGGCUCUGGCAGAAAUGGAUCGAUGGAGAGAAGCCCUGUCCUGGGUCCUCCAGUAUUACCAGGUUCCUGAAAAGCUGCCUCCCAAAGUCCUGGAGCUGUGCAUCCUUUUAUACAGCAAAAUGAAAGAGCCCGGAGCUGUGCUGGAUGUGGCCGGUGCCUGGCUCCAAGACCCAGAUAACCAGGGCCUUCCUGAAUAUGGAUCGCUGGCCAAGCUCCAUCUGUUCCGGCUGCUGCUCCCCUUGGGCCGCAUGUCAGAGGCCGAGGAGCUGGCGGUGGGCUCUGCGGCCUUCAGCGAGGAGCAGCGGGUAGAAGUGCUGCAGGCCAUCCACACAGCACGGCGGCAGCAGCACACGCAGGAGCACACACAGGAGCACUCGAACUCCCAGGAGCCCCAGAAGCUGAACCAGGAAGGUAGGAAGGACAUCGGGGCUUUGGCAGAGCUGAUGCAGAGGUCAUGGAGGGGUGAAGUCAGGGCAGAGCUGAUGCAGAGGCCGUGGAGGGGUGAAGUCGGGGCAGAGCUGAUAACACUCAUGAUGGUCUCUCCCUUCCCCACAGCAGCUCCUUCUUCGCUGCCCCUCCUCUACCAGCUGACCCAGCUCUUCCGUCGGAUCCAGAAGGCCACACUUUCUCGGCUCUACCCCCUCGCCCUCCGGGACUGAGUGGUCCUUCUUGGCUGCCUCUACCUCUUACACUCUACAGAAGCGGAAAAGUUGAGCCCAGUGCCUGGGUCCAAGAUGGCACCACGGGAGUGGGCCCAUUGGUUCUAGAAGGAGUGACCAAGGCAGGUGAGCCACGGCUGGCUGCCUUUGAACCCUCCCUUUCGUAUCCCACUGUGGCUGGCCUCAGAGGGAGUGUGGGAACAGUGGUGCCCGAGGCCCAGUGCACAGGACACAAGUCCAGCUGCCCAGAACACUGCAAUAGCUCCUCACAAAGGAGGGUUAGGAGCAGGGAGUGGGGCUUGAGACAUUCUGGUUUCUUGACAAAGGUAGAGGGUGACUUUCCAGAUAGGGUACAGAGGGACCUGGGAUUUACAGACGUGGUGGAGUGGCCUUUGGCCAUUUACCUCUGAAAACUGCUCCUCAGUUAAGUAUUUGAAUUUGAGUAAAACCAGGAUCCCUCAUUCCCCCACGCCCUCCCCUCCCACCCCUCCCACAGAUGCUGGAAUCAGUCCACCAUUCCCUCUCAUUGGUCUGGCAGUAGGGCAAGAGGCUUUCUGCUAGAGGCAUUUUGCUGUUCAGACAGGACAUGGCUUCUGACCCACCCAGGUGGCCACCAGGAGCAGAGUGAGCCUGCCCGACCUUAUCUCUGGGGAAUGUGAUCUUUCUUGGUGCCGCUGAGUCUUAGCUCAGUUUUCCAGCACGCCAGGGGCCAAGUGCUGCUCUUUGGGACCCAGUGUCUUCCCGCUGUACCCUACCACCUUUUGACCUGUCCAGCCAACUGUGUCUCACCACUGUCUCUCCUUGAUCCUUUCUCUGGGUCCUAGUUGUGGUCCGUUGCUUGAAUAAUGCCCUAGUCUCUCUGCUUGUGUCGUGUGAAAAGUAGGCCAGGCUCAGGGCUGAGAGCUGAAAAUGGAACUGGGUAAUCAGGUGAGCUGUAAGAUC